AUGGAUGAAGACGACAGACCAAGAAAGCUACCGAAGCUGGACCACGAUGAAGCUGCGAACGAGGAACUCGGCCCCGCCAUGACCGGCGCUGUGAACAUGUCCGAGGAUGCGGAGCAAACGGGUGCACUAAGUGCACAAGAUACAACCGAGGAAAAAGCCCACGAGGCCUCUCAGCCGCGUGAGGAAACUGGCCAAGCAAUGGCGGCUGAAUCAACUACUCAAAAUGCCCCCGAGGGCGCUGCACCGCCAAUGUCUAAAAACCAACUGAAGAAACUCCGCCGCCAAGAACAAUGGGAGAAAAGCCGUGCUCAGCGCAAGGAUAAGAGGAAGGAAAAGACUCAAGAGAAGAGGGAUCGCCGUCGUCAGAUGAUCGAGGAAGCGCGGGAGAAAGGCGGCGAGGAAGCAGUGGCAGCGCUGCGCAAAACAUGGGAAUCGACCAAGUCCAGACAUCAUCGGUCGAGGCUCCUCCCUCUGACAUUUGUGCUGGACUGUAGCUACGACGAUUUGAUGGUGGACAAGGAACGGAUCUCGCUGUCGGCGCAACUGACACGGUCCUACUCGGAGAACGCCCGUGCGCCAUACAGUGCACACUUGAUGUUUACUUCGUUCAAUAAAUUGCUGAAAGAGCGGUUCGAUACCGUUCUCCCUGGUCACAAGAACUGGAAGGGAAUCCAGCUCUUGCCGGAAGACUUUGCUCAGGGAGCCGAGAAAGCCAAAGAACAAAUGGUUCCUCCGCGGGGAGGCAAGCUGGUCGGGCCAUUCGCUGAUCAGGCCGAUGCGAAGCCAGAAGAUGGCGAAGUGGUGUAUCUCAGCAGCGAUAGCCCGGAUACCCUCACCGAGCUCAAACCCUAUAGUACAUACAUAAUCGGUGGGCUGGUGGACAAGAACCGACACAAGGGAAUUUGCUACAAGCAUGCCAUGGAAAAGGGGAUCAAAACUGCCAAGCUUCCCAUCGGUGAUUACAUCCAGAUGGCAUCCCGAUCGGUGUUGACCACGAACCACGUGGUGGAAAUCAUGCUCCGGUGGUUGGAAGUUCGGGACUGGGGAGAGGCGUUUAUGAAGGUUAUGCCACCACGCAAAGGAGGGAAGCUGAAAGAAAGGCAGGGCGUUCAAGGCGAAAAUGGAGGUGAUGGAGAAGAAGAGGAGGAAGCAGGUGAAGCAGAAGUGUCCGAUGGAAACGAAGGAGACGAGUGA